GCUUUUGAAUUACUUUUAUUAAACUGUAGCUUUAUGAAACAAGAAUACAAGACAGUUCCGCUGUCACGCUCAUCACUUAUCAAGCAGAGCCAACAUGUGCUCAGUAUUUCCUGAGACACGAUUCGGUCAGUAUCCUGUGUAUUUGCACGAGCGCAGACGCAGAGGAUUAAUAUAUUUUUACAAGUGGGUUAUUUUGAUUCUGGACUCUCCUGGGCUGCCUAUAUACACGAGCUGUUUAAACUUUUGAAACAAAACGAAAAGAAUUCUAUUUCGAAUCCAACGAUCCGUGGCGCGUGACUUCUUUCUGGUUGUGACGUCACUGCACCGAUGGCUUUUAGAACUUCUCGGCCUGAUCAGAGAAACCGGUUUGAUUUCGUGUCGGUUGGCUUUUGAUCAACGUUAGAUUCCAGAUCAGCGCCUGAUUGUGAAUCUGCAUUAGCGUUCAGCCUGCAGCCGUAUCUAUUUCAGAUCAUACAGUUGUACUUUUCAGCCCUUUUUAACCUGAAAAUGAACUGUAACGAAUUCCGCAAGCUCAGGCUCCAAACCUGUGCGAGAGCUCAACAGCACACCACUAAGAUGAGCAACAUCACCACAAUCUCCAGCCGAAUGCAGACUGUGAAGCUUCCCCCCAUCCACGGAGCUUCCCCUGCCGGAGGACUGCGUCCACAUCCGCCGCCUAAGAAGAAGGGGAACGGAUCCAGCCUCAGUGCUGAAGAAAAGUUUCAGUACUUUGGUCUCCGAUGCAGGGAGGACAAAACAGGGGAAGAAGUCAGGCAGUUCCUUAGAGAGGGACGACAGAAACGCCCCGCAUCAGGACCCCGAAGCAAAACCAUCCUUCCACAACUCAGUGUGCAGAAGACCAAGUGUCAAAGCAUCUCGGAGUACAACGAGGAUAUUAGAAAAGCUGCUCGCUUGAACUUUCUUACAGAAGACGAAAAAAGGAUUCUGCGUACUAGAGCUCAACAAUAUUCUGCAGAGGAAAGAGAAAUGUCCCAAAUGGAGAUUGAAGCAAAACAAGACCAGGCCAAUUUCUUGGUCUCCUACAAAGACGCAAAUCCCUUGGAGCACCAGAAAAAGGCUCAGGAAUUACUAGAGAAGAGGCUCAAAUUAGAAAAAGAGGAAAAAGCUCUUCAAAGAAAAAUCUGUCGAGUUGAAGACAUAAAAGAAAUUGAAGAGAUGCAGUGGAAAGAAGACGACGAGCGCAAAACGGAAGAGGACAGGACUAGACAUCUGGACUCUGAACGGUUAUACUUUAAGAAUAAGAGAUUGAUGUCCAAAAAAGAGGAAAAGAAAAAGUUGUUCCAGGACAACAGGGACGAAAAGAAAAAGUAUGAAAGGAAUAGAGUCCACAUGGAGGAGGAGAUACAGAGGCUUACUCUCUGCAUUCAAGAAAAGCACAAGGAAUAUAAUCAAGUGAAAGCAAAUCUGGAGAUGGCAAAUAAAAAACGGGUCUCCAGAAGAAUCCGAAAACGGGCAGAGAACAAAAAGUUGUGUGAGGAGCUCGGGAAGGUCACGGAGAGCUAUGGCUUGCCGGAUUUCUGGGAUGUGAGCAGAAAGAGGAACGCCUCAGACGUGAAGCUUUAUUUGAAGAACGGAGGCAGAAAAGACUGGAGAGAUCACUUUCUCAACCGCUGA